AUGGGCCGAGCCCUCACUGCACUGGGAGGGUCUUACAACACAAUUGGCGACAAAAAGGAAGCUAAGAAUAGUUAUCAGAAAGCCCUUAAGUGCAGUCAGGCAGUAGGGGAUAAGAGAGUCGAAUCAAAUGCCUAUCAUGGUCUAAGCGAUGUAUGCGUUUGUCUGGGAGACCCUCAACAAGGAGAGAUAUAUCUAAAGAAAGCUCUUGCUAUAGCAAAAGAAACUGGAGAUAAAAGCAAUGAGGCCACGAUCCAUGCAGGCUUUGGGUUCUGCUACAUGUGUUGUGGUCGACUUGAUGAAUGUAUUGAAAACUUUAAUUUAGGAAUUUCUCUCAUGCAAGAACUUGGAGAUAAACGUGGUGAAGCGACAGUUUUGAUGAAUCUUGGAUGCCUGCACCAGACCUUAGGAAAUCUGAAGAAAGCUAGACAAAUUCUACAAAAGGCACUCAAGAUAACGAGACAAAUUGGAGAUAAAGGAAAAGAACAAGAGGCUCUUACCUUUCUCGGGAUAUCGGGAGCUCGCUCAGUGCUGGUUUCCUUGUGGGCCGUGGAUGACCGAGCCACGAAAGAGUUCAUGAUUCGUUUCUACGGACAUCUGAAAUGCGAUAAACUGAGUGCCAGUGAAGCUCUUCACCAAACUAUAAAGUGGAUGAGAGAAUCCAUGAGGUACAGAGUGAAGGACUGGGCAGCAUUUGCUUUGAUCGGAGAUGACGUCACUCUAGACUUGUAG